GGCAGAGGGCCGGGCCACGCAGGGAAAGGGACCACUCAGCGACGAGACCCAGCGGCGAGAGCAGAGCGCUCCAGCACCGCGCGGACAGCGGGAGGCGAGCCGAAGGGGCGCGGGGGCUGAGCGCCCUGCACUCGGACCCCAGAUCGCAGGAGGCGGCCAGAGUCGCCUGGGUUGGGCAAGGUCCGGAGCAAUCGCACGCACCUCGGGGGUCCUGCGCACAGCCGCCCGCGAUGAGCGAGAGCAGCCGCGUGUGCUCGGGCUACUACAGCCUCAACCGCAGCUUCGUGGAGCCCUUCCAGUGCCCGCGGCACGGCGACGGGGCCGCGCUGCUCUACUGUUGCGGCUUCGCAGACCUCAAGUACUGCUGCAGCGAGCCGGGCAGCUACUUCCCCUACAAGCACAGCUACAUGUGGAGCCUCAGCAUUGGUGCUCUGAUUGGACUGGGAAUCGCCGCCCUUGUUUUGCUUGCCUUUGUCAUCAGUGUCUGUGUCCUCUGCUAUCUGUUUCUGUACACAAAACCUCAAAGGUUAGACAAUGGCCUUAAACUUCAGCACCUAGAGGCAUCCUCCGCCCUAGAAGGCAACUUAAAUAGAAAAACCAAAGGCCUCAUUUCAAAUGCAGCAUCAAAUUCAACAAAUGAAACAGUCUAUGAAGCCGACGAUGUAACUCAAGGAAAGACAAUGGAUACAACACAAAUCAAUAUUGCCCAUUAGCUAAAAUCCUUGUUUUAAGAGCUUACUGGAGAGAUGGAGCAUUAAGAAUAAAGAAUGCAUUUUAUUUUAUUUUAUUUUAUUUUAUUUUAUUUUGAGACAGAGUCUGUCUAUAUUGCUUGAGCUAUCCUGGGACUUCUUAUGUAGACUAGGCUCGCAAACUCACAGAUCCGCCUGCCUCUGCCUUCUGAGUACUGGGCUUAAAGGCGUGUGCCACCUCACCUGGCAAGAAUGCAUUUUCAAACAGUUUCUCCUAUUGCUUUUUCAGUAUUCACCACUCACAAAGCAAGACCAACUGCAGUUUUAAUUAGCUCAUUUAUCAAGCACUCACUAAGGUUCUGAUAAAUGUUUAUGUGUAUAAGUUUACUUUGUCAAGUU